AUGUUCGUGUGAAGAAGAGGUUCUGAAAUAUCCUUUUCGCGUUGAAUUCCCAACUAGCUUUUUGGGAGAGAAAUAGAAAGGAAGUGAAGGAGAGGGAGGGAAAAAAGAAGAUAGAUCGCGUAAAGUAAGAGAAGCCAUAUUACUUUGCUGAUUUUUGUUUGUGUUUGUAAAAAGCUUGUUUUGAUUGUUUUGCCAACCCAACCACAACCCCAACCCCUUGAAAAUGUGAAUUUGUCUAUAUUGAAGUGGUUCUUAUCUUAUCUCACCUCACCACAUACUACUAAUUUCGUUUUCUCUCCCUUGUGGACACUUUCUCUUAGCCUUACCACCAAAACAAGUGUAAGUUUCACACACAUUCUUUUUCUCACCUCCCAUAAAGUCAAGUAACUACUCCUUCCCUCACCUUCAAACAAACAAAAACACAACGACAACGACAUAGGUGGUGCUUCUCUCUGAUAAGAUUCAUUUCUUUUUUUUCUUCUCCAAUUCAAUACAAUUCCAAUUCAACCAAGAGCCGAAAUCACAAACAAAUUCUCAGCAAGUUUCAAUUAUUGAUCAAACUGGUGAAUUUGUUGAUCGGGGACAAGAGUGUUUAGAAUUAUUCACUGGGGAAAUGAGAGCGGGUCUCAGCACCAUCCAGCAAACCCUAACGCCGGAAGCGGCGAAUGUUCUCAACCAUUCAAUCGCAGAGGCCGGACGCCGGAACCACGGCCAAACCACGCCGCUUCAUGUGGCGGCGACGCUUCUAGCUUCGCCGUCUGGUUACCUCCGUCAAGCCUGUAUAAAAUCUCAUCCCAAUUCCUCUCAUCCGCUCCAGUGCAGAGCACUGGAGCUCUGUUUCAGCGUCGCCCUGGAGCGGUUGCCGACGUCGCAGAGUAGUAGCCCCGGCAUGGAGCCUCCAAUCUCCAAUGCUUUGAUGGCGGCCUUGAAGCGCGCUCAGGCUCACCAGCGGCGGGGUUACCCGGAGCAGCAGCAGCAGCCGCUCCUCGCCGUCAAGGUGGAGCUCGAGCAGUUAAUCAUAUCAAUUCUCGAUGACCCGAGUGUUAGCAGGGUGAUGAGAGAAGCGAGUUUCUCUAGUCCUGCGGUUAAAGCCACCAUCGAACAGUCGCUGAAUUCGGUUCCUUCCGCCGUGAAUUCCAGCUCCAUCGGAUUGGGGUUCCGGCCGAGCGCCGUCACGCCGGCUACCGCGCCGAGCAGGAAUUUGUACCUGAAUCCGCGGCUGCAGCAGGGGAACGCCGGCGGUGGCGGUGGCGGCGGGCAGAGGGGUGAGGAGGUGAAACGGGUGGUGGAUAUAUUGCUGAGGAGCAAGAAGAGGAACCCGAUCUUGGUGGGUGAAUCAGAGCCGGAGGCGGCAAUCAAGGAGGUGUUGAGGAAGAUUGAGAACAAGGAAUUGGGGGAAGGGGUUUUCAGCAAUGGCCAUGUGAUUCAUUUGGAGAAGGAGCUUCCUUCCGACAGGGCGCAGAUUCCGGCGAGGCUGAAGGAGUUGGGGGAUUUGAUUGAGACCCGUUCCGGUGGCGUUUUCAUCAAUUUGGGUGACUUGAAAUGGCUGGUGGAGGGGUUUGGGGUUGGUGGUUUGGGGAAUAUGCAGCAACCGACGCUCGCCGACGCUGGAAGAGCUGCGGUUGCGGAGAUGGGUAAAUUGGUUGCCAAGUUUGGUGCUACCAGACUUUGGUUGUUGGGUACUGCUACUUGUGAGACUUACUUGAGGUGUCAGGUUUAUCAUCCUUCCAUGGAAAAUGAUUGGGAUCUUCAGGCAGUGCCAAUUACAACCAGAGCACCUCUUCCUGGAAUGUUUCCAAGGCUUGGGACCAACGGAAUUCUUGGUACAACACUUGAGUCUAUGUCCCCUUUAAAGGCCCUGCAAACCACAGCAAUCACUCCACUCAGGCGUGCCUCCGAGAAUGUAGAUCCUGCUGCAGUUUCAACUUGUUGUCCCCAGUGUAUGCGGAACUACGAGCAAGAAGUAGCAGAAAUGUUGAAAGAAACUGAGAAAUCUGAUUCUGAGAUCAAAUCAGAGGCAGCUCGCCCGCCCCUUCCACAGUGGCUGCAGAAUGCUAGAACUAAUAAUGAUAAUGCUAAAGCAACGGAUCAGGCUCAGAGUAACAGCCCAGAAAUGAAUGUGAAGAGGAGGACUCAAGAAAUACAAAAGAAAUGGCAUGAUGCCUGCUUGAGUUUACAUCCUAAAUUUCAUCAACAAAAUGUGAGCACAGAGAGAUUGACUCCCAUUCCUUUUGCAAUGACUGGCCUAUGUAAUGUGAACUUGCUGGGGCGCCAAUUUCAACCUAAAGUGCCUGUUAAUAAAAAUCUAGGAACCUGUCUGCAAUUGAGCUCAAACCCAAUGUCUAUUCAGCCACCAGAAUGGCCGGUGAGCCCACGGCGAAGUCCAGUUAGAACGGAGCUGGUCCUCGGGCAAACAAAGCUAGCUAAUCCAACUCCAGAAGAAGUUACACAGAAAGAACGCACUGAUGACUUCUUGGGGUGCCUGUCUUCAGAGUCACAGGACAAGUUUGAUGUAUUACAGAGCAAAAAACUCCUUGAUGCCGACUCUUUCAAGCAGCUCCGUAAAGUCCUGACAGAGAAGGUGUGGUGGCAGCAGGAUGCAGCAUCUGCAGUGGCUACCACAGUAACACAGUGCAAAAUGGGCAAUGGAAAACGACGCUCAAAAGGUGACACGUGGUUACUGUUCGUGGGUCCUGACAGAAUCGGUAAGAAGAAAAUGGCAGCGGCACUUUCCGAGCUUGUAUCUGGUUCCAACCCAAUCACAAUAUCUCUCGGGCAACGGCGUGGGGAUGUAGGAGACUCUGAAGUUAACCAUCUCCGUGGAAAAACAGCAUUUGAUCGGAUUGCUGAGGCCAUCAGAAGGAACCCACGUUCUGUCAUCAUGCUUGAGGACAUUGAUGAAGCCAACACCCUCCUCCGUGGGAGCAUCAAAAGAGCCAUGGAGCAAGGGAGGUUCCCAGAUUCUCACGGGCGUGAAAUCAGCCUCGGGAAUGUCAUGUUCAUCCUCACUGCAAAUUGGUUGCCAGAGGACCUGAGAUACCUCUCCAAUGGCACCCCACUUGAUGAAGAAAAGCUCGCAAAUUUCGCCAGUGGGGAUUGGCAACUGCGGCUAUCAGUGGCUAAGAGAGCAUCAAAACGCAGACCCAGUUGGUUAUCCGAUGAAGACAGGUCUUUGAAGCCACGAAAGGAAAUCAAUUCAGGGUUAUCAUUUGAUCUCAAUGAAGCCGCUGCCGAUAUUGCAGAGGAAGACAGGGCAGACGGAUCACAUUCACAUAAUUCCAGUGACUUCACAGUGGAUCAUGAAGACAACAGCAACAACCACCUCGAUGGGGGAGGAUCAAGCUCCAUAAUACCUCGUGAGUUACUGGAUUCUGUGGAUGAUGCCAUUGUCUUCAAGCCAUUGAAUUUCGACCUUCUUCGCCGGAAUUUCAAGGCGUCAAUCUCAAAGAGGUUCUCUGCCGUGGUGGGUAGUGGGAUCUCAAUUGAAGUGCAGGAGGAUGCUCUUGACAAGAUUGCCAGUGGAGUGUGGUUAGGCCAAACCACCAUAGAUGAAUGGAUGGACAAGGUGUUGGUUCCCACCUUCCAGCAGCUGAAAAAGCAGAACUUCAAUACAAACACCAAUCAUGACAAUGAGUCUUGUUCGCUGCUGGUUAGGCUGGAAGAUGAUGAUGGCUACUCCGAUCGCCGCAGUAACCAAGAAUGGUUACCUGGUAGUGUGAGACUGGUGGCGGAACAGUGUUGAACUUGAAUAUAGGAGGAUGUUGUGAUUAGUAUUGAAACAUAAGGGACAUGAGUGGUAAUAUCCGUUUUUGUUGGUGAUAGAAAUGUAAAUAGACCACUUUGGCAGGGGAAAACAAAGUCAAAGGCUCUUUGUAGAAGAACCAUGAAAAAACCGUUAGAACAAGGGUCGGGAUGUGUCCAUUUUUUUUCUUCUUCUUAGAAAAAGAUUAAUUAAUUUUUGCGUUUAUAAAGUUUAUAUUGUUUUAUUGUAAGCAAAGAUAUAUUUAUUAAUUAAACGGAGAAUGAUGAUUAUAUUAAUAAAAUGGAGCUCUGGUUCCUGUUUUCUCGAA